AAAUUAUAUAUUCUCAUUACGGUUUCACUUUUCCGCUACCCCGUCGGCAACUCUCACUUUAUGGGUCUCCAGCAAAGACUCACUCAUCGAAUUACUCACUUCGUCCACUCAGAGUACCUCAUUCCAUACCUACUUAUUACAUUUGGCCAAAAACUGUUGCGACUUGACCAGCCAGCCGGCGGCAUUUCAGUUUCUCCAAGGUUUUCAAACAAUUCGCUACAUGCAAAAUAGCUGAAUGACAAAUAUUGUUUACUAGAAAAAGAUGCAGUUUAGUUGCCUAUUAAUAGGCCUACUAAUUGUUGGCCCAUGCCAUGGUGACUCCAUAUUUGACUUUGUCACAGGGAAACCCUUGCCCUAUCAAGAUGACAAUGAAACUACAACUACAUUAGCUCCAAUGACUACUUCGAAUCGUGAUAUAACCAUUGGUCCCUGCAAAUGGGCCAUUGGACGCAAAUGUCCGGAUCCGGAUGUUAAAUAUUAUAUCUACACACGUCACAAUCCAAUGGAUCGUCAAUGCCUGCAGAUCGAUGAAACGGCCGAGAAAUCUAAUUUGACUAACUCAUACUUUAAUCCCAGAUAUCCCACAAAGAUUAUAAUCCAUGGUUAUAAUUCGGAUAUGUUUCUCCAUCCUCUGCAGCAAAUGAGAGAUGAAUAUCUAGCCAAAUCGGAUUAUAAUAUCAUCUAUGUGGAUUGGAGUGUCCUAUCCCCAGGUCCUUGCUAUAUAAGUGCUGUUCAUAAUACACGUCAUGCUGGCACUUGUACGGCCCAAUUGGUGGAACGUUUGGUAGAAACGGGCAAUACGGAUAUCCAUAUCAUUGGCUUCUCCUUGGGCGCCCAAUUGCCCAAUUAUAUUGCACGAAAUUUAAAUAAUUACACUUUGCCCCGUAUAACUGGCUUGGAUCCAGCAAUGCCUUUAUUUAUCACAGCCGGAAUUAAUGAUAAAUUGGAUCCCAGUGAUGCCAAUUAUGUAGACGUGAUACACACAAAUGCCAUGGUACAGGGCAAAUUGGAGAGAUGUGGUCAUGCUGAUUUCUAUAUGAAUGGUGGCAUUAUGCAGCCAGGCUGCAAUGGACAAAAGAUAAAUUCUUUUGCCUGCAGUCAUCAACGUGCUCCGGCCUACUUUCUGGAAUCGAUACGGUCUUCCAAAGGCUUUUGGGGUUGGGCCUGCAGUGGUUACAUUUCCUAUUUACUUGGCAUGUGUCCACCAACAAAUUUCCUACUCGAAGCUGGGGAUAAUAUACGUCCAAGUACACGUGGAAUGUUUAUGAUCGAUACGAAUGAUACGUCACCCUUUGCUUUGGGUAAAUGGACAGAUCUGCCCACUCUGGGUGCCAAAUGGCAAACCCAACAACACCUUAAGCGUCCGCAUCACUAUCAAAAUGUUGAUCCAUUGAUGCAGCAUAUCGAUCAGUUUGGUAAAUUGGCUUCAAAUUUUAAUAAUUUGGAUACCUUUGGCUAUGAUGCGGCAAAUGCUUAUGAUAAGUGGACUAGCUAUAGUCCAUCAAGUACAGAACAGGAUGAUUCUGUCGAGGAGCAGGAGACGGAGGAAUUUAUUGAGGAUGCAGCAAGGGAUGAGGAGACUCAUCAUCAGACGCAACAUUUAAAUUGGUGGGCAUAUAGACGAAAUCUAACAAAUGGUUAUGUCGAUAAUGAUAUUUUUAGAUUACCCAAAAUGGAUUAAAAUAGAAACCCAUUCCCUUGCCCAGAACUGUUCUCCUUUCUUCUAUGAAAAUUCCAUACAUUUGUUUAUUAAAUUUAGUCUAAGUUUUCGUUUUAAUAUUUAUAUUAUUUU